CAAAAAGCUGUAACCUACAACUUUUUCCCAAGCGAUACCAAGCAACUAAUUGGACAAAUUGGGAAAGAAAAACUGAUCCAUUGUCUCAAGCAGAUGUUGCUCAUUCGGAAUUUUGAGCUCCGUGCUGAAUCGGCUUACCUUCAGGGGAAGAUCGGGGGAUUUUUCCACUCUUAUAUGGGGCAAGAGGCGAUCCAGACAACGGCUGUUGAAGUCAUGGGAAAGGAGCAGUGGUGGGCAACCUCUUACCGUUGUCAUGCGCUUGCACUUCUACUGGGUGCGACCCCGGAUGAGCUGAUGGCCGAACUCUAUGGACGCGAGACUGGGAAUGCAAAAGGUCGAGGAGGCUCGAUGCACUUCUAUACGGAGCGGUUGCUGGGAGGAUUUGGGAUUGUAACGGGGCAGGUUCCUGUAGCUACAGGGGCGGCUUUUACAAUCAAAUAUCGAAAAGAGGAUGCCGUUUCGGUCUGUUUCUUAGGGGAUGGAGCCGUCGCUCAAGGCUCUUUCCAUGAAUCGCUGAACAUGGCGGUUCUUUGGAACCUUCCCUGUAUCUAUGUGAUUGAGAAUAAUGGAUGGGGGAUGGGAACAGCCGUUGCUCGAGCCAUUAGCGUUGAGCCGAUUGCAGAGACAAAAGCAGCCGGGUAUGGAAUGAAAGGGUAUACAUUUGACGGGAUGGACUUUUUCAAUUGCUACGCUGGAUUUACCCAUGUUUUUGAAGAGGUCCGUCGAACAUCAAGACCUGUUUUGAUCGAGGUGAUAACAGACCGUUUUCGAGGCCACUCGAUUUCAGAUCCAGGUCUCUAUAGAUCUAAAGAGUGUCUUGCACAGUCGAUGGAGAAAGAUCCUCUUUUGAUGUACUUUAAGACGCUUGCAGAGCAUCAAUUGAUCAGCGACGAAGAGUAUGAAGCGCUCAAUCAAGAACAGAAAAGUCUCGUCGUUGCCGCUAUGAAAUUCGCCGAUGAGAGCCGUUGGCCUGACCCGAUAACCCUUGGAGAGGAUGUGUUUGCA